ACCGCGCACAGGCACGAGCGUGUUGUCGUCGCACUUGCGUUGUUGCGCGUUUGCGUCAGUCGUUUCUGCUCGUUGUCUGCUGACGCGCUCUCUCUCGCCGUUUUCGCCGUUCCCGCGCAAGCUCUCGAACACACCGUUACCGAUUGACCGGCGCACGAACGCCCGGACCGCCGUCGUCGGCGCAACGACGAGUUGUAAAAUAUUAUAUACGCUGGGCUCGACACGUUUCUUCAUCGUCGACCAUGGAACAGCAACAGUCUGUCAACGAAUUGAACAACUUGCUCCGGAGUUGGGACGAGGAAUCGACAAAUGUCGGCUACAACCCCAUACCAACGUUGACCAGGCUGUGUGAAAUUUUUGAAUUAGAAUCAAAAAAUUAUAUCAAAAAAGAUCCAGAUCCUUUUGAUGAUCGCCAUCCUUCAAGAAUAGAUCCAACCUGUGCACUGGGCCAGAUGUACAAGAUUUUAUUCCGUAAAGACGAAUUAAUGACUACAUUAGUAACUGAUUAUCUAAAAGACGGUCAGUUGCAAAGACGAACCAAAGACUGUUUAGAUCUUAAUGUUGCUGCAAGCAGACUUGUUAUAAAUCUUAUACCUGGUUUGGAAACAACUGUUGUUUUUGAAAGUCCUUCAAAUGAGUCGCUUGUUCCAAGACUAUUCAAAUGGGCAGAGAACAGUCCAGAACCUUUGCAAACUUAUGCAACUGGUUUAUUAGCUGCAGCUAUGGAGAUAAAUGAUAUAGCUGCUAAUUUCAAAGAUGAUAAUAAAAGACUUGUUCCGAUGAUAUUGGAUCGUAUUCACUUAUACUAUGCACAGUUAUGUAAUGAAAAUAAACCUAUUAUUCCCAGUACAGAACCAUCUUCAUCUUUAAAUAAUCCUAAUGAUUGUUCUAAAAAUGAUUCUAUUCCAAUAUCACCUGAUAAUUCACGUCCCCAACAUAUAAGUAAAUUUGCGCAACUAGUUCUAAGUAAUAAAUUGAAUGACCAAAAUUUAACUCGUGAAGAACGGAGAAAAUUGCUAACAAACGUUAUUAUUGAAGAUCAUAAAGCUUGUAAUGGAGAAGUGCAAUAUUGUGUAGAUUUGACUGGUGAUGACGAACCAAUAGAUAGUGCAGCUAGUGCAGCUAGUGCAGCUUGUGAUGAUAGUAAUUCGUCUUGCAUGAUUAUCGAGUCUAAAUCAAACUGGGUACAAGUAUAUCCUGUAACUUUAACCACAAAAUUAGUUUAUUGUUUCAAAUACCUAAUUCCAACUGGAGAAUACCAAGAAUUUUUAACUCAUGCAUAUGAAAAAAAUUCUUUGCGCUUGGUCAUGAAAAUAAUCAGUGCAUCAGAAAAGUUAAACGGUUAUUUAACUUUUGAAGCACUAAAAUAUUUGUCUGCUCUAUUAUGUCAUAAAAAAUUUGCGACUGAAUUUAUUGCUUCACAAGGAUUACAGAAACUACUUCUUAUUCCUAAGCCCAGCAUUGCAUCCACUGGUGUUUCAAUUUGCUUUUAUUAUUUGUCAUAUUGUGAGGAAGCUAUGGAAAGAAUUUGCCUUUUACCUGAACAUGUCCUUGUUGAUCUUGUUAAGUAUGCACUUUGGAUGUUAGAGUGUUCUCACGAUUCAAGUAGAUGUCAUGCAACUAUGUUUUUCAGUUAUAGUUUUCAUUUUAGAGUUAUUCAAGAAAUUUUUGAUAACCAUGAUGGAUUACGUAAACUUGUUAAUGUGAUCAGUACUUUGCCUCUUCUUUCAUCUGAAGAUCCAACAUAUAAUGUGAUAAGUGAAGAUGCUGAAUGUUCAGCCAGACAAAUAAUUCGUCAUGUAUGUGCUGGUUUGAAACAUUACUUUGAAGCUCAUUUACAUAUAAAAGCCCAGCAAAUACGUAGAGCUAAAAUGAGAGAUUCUGGUCUUUUAAUGACAUCAUCAAUGGUUCAAAAUUUUUAUACUGUUCCCGGUUAUAAAUCCACUAAAAAAUCUCAAGCUGAGGUUCAUGAAGAGAUAGAAUUAUUAUUAAAUGCUGUGUCCAUGAAAAGUCAUUGGACACCUGUUGAUCAAUUAAUUAAAUUGGGUGGGUUAAAUUUACUGUUACAAAUCAUCAAUUUGGCUCAUGAAUGGAAUUUUUCUGGAAGAUGUGAAAUGAUUAAAAAUGCACUUGAGGUAUUAAACAUAUGUGCUGUAUUACCAAAAGUCCAAUUGGCAUUAUGUGAACCAACAAUAAAUAUUCAAGGCAAUAAUCCUAGUGAUUCUUCUAUAUUAGAAGAUGAUCCACAAGCUGAAAAUGAUAAUGUUGGUUUAAAUAUAAUCAUUAAAGCUGCUGAAGGAGAACUUUUAGAUGCUGAAAUCCAAAAAGCUGCAUUAUCUGUCAUUAUAACUUGUGUUUGUGCUCCAAUUCAUAGGGAAGGAGGGAGCAUAGCAUACUAUUCAGCUCAUGGAUCUGCUAAGAAACGAAUGCAUAAAACUAAUGAUGAUGGUGUAAUUGAAAAAAUUUGGGAUUGCAUUAGGAAUAAUAAUGGAAUUAUGGUUUUACUAACAUUAAUGACUCUUAAAACUCCAAUCACUGAUGUUGACGCUAUAAGAGGUUUAGCUAGUCGAGCAUUAGCAGGAUUAGCUCGCAGUGAAUCCGUUCGUCAAAUUAUUAGCAAAUUACCCUUAUUUAAUAGUGGCCAGUUACAAAAUUUAGUGAAAAAUCCUGUAUUGCAAGAAAAGCGUCAAGAACAUGUAACAUUUCAGAAAUAUGCUUUAGAAUUAAUGGAAUUAGUUACUGGAAAAGCAAAACAUAAUGGUGCAGAAAUUGAAGCUUCAUUAGCAAAUAUAAAUCGGGCAAAUAUUGUUGCACAAACAAAAAUAAAUUUCAAUGAACAACAUUUGCUCCUUUUAAUACAUCAACAUUUAAUAGCGAAAGGAUAUACAGGUGCAGCAGACAAAUUAGUACAAGAAGCAAAUCUUAAUAUAACAGAAAAAAAGUCUGUCCCAUUUACAUAUGUUGCUCAUUGUCGUAAUCGGUCAAUUGGAGGAGGAAUAUCUCCAGCAUCUACUAGGUACACAAUUCAAAACCAAAAAUCUGAAAUAGCUAGUUCAUCUAAUGGUGUCUUAAAUGCUGGUUUUAACAUGCGAGGAGUAAAUUCAUCAUCUCCAAUACGUUUAAACGUUAAUAAGCGAACUGAAACCCGUCCAAAACCAGAACUAGAACCUGAAACUGAAUCACCUAUGUCAAAAUUAGUUCAUAAAAAAAUUGACCAAGAUAUACCAUUAUCAUCUGAUAACAACAGUAAUUCAACAGUUAGUCUGGAAUCUAUUAUUACCGAAUACUUAACAAAUCAACAUGCUUCAUGUAAACAUCCUAUGGUUACAUGUCCUCCUUUUAAUUUAUUUGUUCCACACAAAUGUCCUGAUCCUAAACCAAGGAGUGCAAUGUGUACAAACUUUGCUAUGCGAUUUUCCAAAAAUAUUCAUUCUAGAAAACUUGAUCAAAGACUCAUUCAUAGUCGUUUUUGUCCAACACUUAUGUUUCGCAUGGAUAACGAUGAUGAAGCAUAUUUUACCUGCUCUGAGUUCUUAAACCAAAAUCGUAUUGCUAUUGGAACAGAUGGAGGUGAAAUAAAAGUAUUCAAUUUAUUUACUUCACAAGAAGAACUAACAUUUUCAGCCCAUGAUGCAUAUGUUAGCCAUAUAGAAUGUAGCAAUGAUGAAAGAUUGAUGGUAUCUUCAGCUUCUUGGCGAGGAUCUUUAUCUAGUCUUUGGUCCAUAAAUAAUGAUACAAUCAAUUUAAGGUUCUCAUUGGAUCUCGAAGAGUACUGUACUUUUAGCAAAUAUGACCAAAGUAAACUACUUGGAACUAAAAAUGAAACAGCAACAAUUUAUGAUAUUGAAACCAGUAGAAAAUUGUUAGAAUUAGUUCCAAGACAUUCAAAUCGGUACAAUAGAAAUCGUGCAGUAUUUGAUGCUACUAAUGAAUUGGUGUUAUCUGAUGGUGUAUUAUGGGAUGCUACUUCUGGUAAAGAAAUUCAUAAGUUUGAUAAGUUGAAUCAAAAUAUUAGUGGAGAUUUUCAUCCAAAUGGACUAGAGAUUAUUUCAAACACAGAAGUGUGGGAUAUGCGUACAUUUCAGUUAUUACGCACAGUGUCUAGUCUUAAUCAAUGCGAUGUGAAGUUCUCUAGAACUGGAGACGGAAUGUAUGUGUAUGUUGCUGAUCAAGAAAGUGAUAAUGAUACUUCUCUCCAAACAUCCUUUAAAACAUUAGAUCCUCUUGACUAUUCAAAUAUUGCUACUGUUGAUGUGAAAAAGUUUAUAUACCAUAUGGCAUGUGAUAGUUAUGAUACUCAGAUAGCUAUUGUUGAAAAUCAAGGAAUGUAUGAAAAUAUUGAUGAGUCCAUUGUCCGAAUAUAUGAUGUUGGUAGAACUAGAAAUGAAGAUGAAACUUUGGAUGAUGAUGAAGAAGAAGAAGAUGAUGAUGACGUUGAUACUGAAGCUUCAGGAUCAGAUGACGAAAAUAUGUCUUUAGUAUUUCCAUCGUUAUUGGAAGAUAUGUUAAGUGGAGGCAUGGGCUACGAAAGAGAUCAUUUUUCAAGUGGUAGCAGUAAUAGCAGCAUUAGUAGCAGAAAUAGCAGUAGCUACAGUAGUGUACUUCAUGGUUCUCAUUCUCGUGCAGUAACUCCAUUAUCAGUAUCAUCUGAAACGAGUAAUGAUGCAAGUUAUGAUGCCAGUUAUGAUCCAGAAGUGUAGGUGAUUGAUUGUUAUUAAAUGCUAUUAAAUUUUACUGUUUUUUUUUUUUUUUUUAUAUAUAUAUAUAAUUCUAUGUGUAAUUACUAAUAAUUAAUAAUAAAUUAUUUACAAAUACCAAAAUGUUGUUGCUAUGUACUUUUGUAUUCCCGUGUUUUAAAUCAUUAUUUUCUAUUGUU